UCAACGUGUCCCACAUCCCACUAAAGUGAAGAUCAUCGAUGAUGCGUGUGCGUGUUACUGAAUGUGGUUGGUGAUGUGUGUAUUAACAAGUGUACAUAUUGUUCAAAUGCGGCUGUAAAAGUGUUUUUCAUUAAAUUAUUAAGAAUAUCAUUCACAAUGUCAGAUAGUAUUAAAGUGGCCAUCAAAGUUAGACCUCUCAUCAAGCGAGAAAAGGACGAGAAUUUGCCAUUACAAUGGAUGGUUCAAGAAAAUAAUAUUGUGGCCACUGAUAUCGAAUUGAGGAAGCGAGGCGACUGUGGAUUCCAGUUUGAUCAUAUUUUUGACACAAGUGCCAGUAACAAUGAUGUAUUUAAUAAUAUUGUAAAACCUAUCGUUGACGCUGCUGUAAAUGGAUUUAAUGGUACAGUAUUUGCUUAUGGACAGACAAGUUCUGGCAAAACAUAUACUAUGAUGGGCACACUAGAGGAGCCUGGCAUAAUACCUCUGGCUGUGGAAUAUAUGUUUGAUGCUAUAGCUAAUACUUCUGGACGAGAGUUUUUAUUGAGAGUAUCUUACUUGGAAAUUUAUAAUGAAAAAGUUAAUGAUCUUUUAAGUAAAGACUCAAUAGACUUAAAAAUACAUGAAGACAUAAAUGGUCAAGUGUUCGUAAAAUGUAAAGAAGAAGUCACAAAUUGUCCAGAGAAAGUUUUAUCCCUGAUGAAUAAAGGCAAUAAACAUAGAAGAAUUGGUGAAACAAACAUGAAUGAGCGAAGUAGCAGGAGUCAUACAAUAUUCAGAAUUACAAUCGAGAGUCGAGAAGCUAGUGCCGGCUCAGAUGAUGCAAUACAAGUAUCACAAUUAAAUAUGGUAGAUCUUGCUGGUUCAGAGAGAGCACGCCAAACAGGAACUACGGGAGAACGUUUUAAAGAGGGACGUCAUAUUAAUUUAUCUCUGUCUACAUUAGCUUUAGUAAUAAAGCAGUUGAGUGAGACGCAAGACUGUUCCAAAUAUAUAAAUUUUCGAGAUAGUAAACUAACAAGGUUACUGCAAGCAUCUUUAGGUGGCAAUGCAAUGACUGCGAUAAUAUGUGCAGUAACGCCCGCCGCUUUCGAUGAAACUCAGUGCACAUUGUCAUUCGCGUCUAGAGCUCGAAACAUAAAAAAUAAACCUGAACUGAACGAAGUUAUGUCAGAUGGUGUACUUCUCAAACGUUAUGCAAAACAAAUUGACAAAUUACAUACAGAAAUAGAGAGAAUGAAAGAACAAACGCGAUCUACUGAUUUUCAAGAAAUGGAAUCUAAAAUACAAGAAAAAGAUCGUGUUAAUAAAUAUCUAGAAGAACGUAUUAGAUUAUUGCAAACCAGAAUUGUUCAUGGUGAUAAUUGCAACAACACAGAAUCAUUCAAACACAAACAAAAAAGAAGACAGACCUGGGGUGGCUCUGCCAGAACAAAACAAGAAAAUCAAUUUCAAAUGUGCAUGAAUUUGUCACCAAUUAAAGAGAUGUCGCCUUUAAAAUUAUACAGCAGAAAGACAUCUGAUGUUAUGGAUAUAUCAUCCCACUCAUCUCAUUCCAUAGCUCUUGCUGAUUUUGAGCUAGAUAUUAUAAAUAAUGAAGUGGAUUGUGAGGAAGAAAUGGAAAGUGACGAUGAUACUUUUUCCAUAUAUCGAAGGCAAAAUCGUGUGAAAUUUACAGAUGAUGUAAUCGUUUACAAAUCACCGCCUAUUAAUUAUAAUUGUGACAUCUCAUCUGAAAAAACUAAUGUGUUCGUACAAACUGAAAGUAAUUUGUCUCCUGAUACUCCUAAGAAGACUUUGCGGGACAAAAUUUGCAUCUUGACAAAAGAGUAUUUACAACUUCAGGAGUUUACAACUUUAGAAAAGCAACUAUUUACUGAAGAUUGUUCUGCCCAAAUUAAAGAAUAUCUUGCAAAAAUCUCAAUGCUAGAAAAGCAGAUAGAAAUUAUAACAUCUGAUAAAGAAAGUUAUGAACAUAUAGCAUAUGAAAAUCGUCAAAAAUUAACUGCUGCUGAAUCGCGUUAUAUUUCAGCAGAAGAUAAAUUAAAUAUGCAAGCAGCAGAAUUACAAAGAAUACCAGAUUUAGAAAAGAAAAUUGCACAAUUGUCUGCACAAGAAAUAGAGAUGCAAAACAUUCCAAAAUUACAAAAACAGAUAGCUCUUCUUACAGCUGAAAAAGACGGAUACGAACAUGUCGCUUCCGAAUUACGAAAAAAACUUAAUGAAGCUGAACAGCACAAAAUUAUAUUAGAAGACAAAUUGGCAGUACAGAAUGUAAAAUUAGAAAGCUCUCUGGAACAACCUUUGUCAUCAAAUAAUAUGCAGCAAGUAGAAUUGGAAAAUCAAAUUACCACUAUGGCACUCAAAAAUAAUGAAUUGCAACAUAAAAUAACAGAUCUUCAAAAUAAGUUAACAGAAACAGAGUUGUGCAAGAACAUAAUGAAAGAUAAACUAGAUGAGCAGCAACAACAUUUUCAAACUUUAGAAGAACGCAUCAAUGGUCUUUUGUCUGAAAAAAAUGAAUUUGAAUACACCAUUUUUGAAAUGAAAAAUAAAUUGAAGGAAGCAGAAGAAGUUAAUUUAUCCAUGCAGGAUAAAUUAAAUGAACGACAAAUGGAAAUUCAGAAAUUUCAAAAUCAAGAAAAGCAGAUUGAACAACUUGUUUCAGAGAACAAUGAAUUUAAACUUACCAUUGAUAAACUGCAAGAGCAAUUAACAGAAAUAAGAAAUAAUACAAUGGAAGAUAAGAAUAAUGAACAUGAACGAGAUGCACACAAAUUACACUUAGAAAAACAGAUUCAGGAUGUUGUAAAGGAAAAAAUGGAAUCUGAACAAAUCAAUGAUGAACUGAGAGAUAAAUUGAAGGAAAUGGAAUUAAUGAAUAAUUCAAUGAAAAUUCAACAAGAAUUGCAUGUACAAAAGAUAAGUGAUUUAGAGAAACAGGUUGAAGAUUUUGCAAUUGAGAAAAAUAAAAUUGAAGGUAUAGUUGUUGAAUUGAAAGAAGCAGAAUUAAUGAACAGUUCACUGAAAAAUAAAUUGAAUGAAUAUGAAAUAAACAUAUGCGAACCUGAUCUAGAUAAAGAAUAUAUUACUUCUGAAUGGCAAGAAAAAUUGAAAGAAGCAGAGUCAUAUAAUAACUCAAAGGUGGAAUUAUAUGUGCAACAGAUGAAAGCACAGAAAAUCAUUGACGAGCAGAAGAAAUGUAUCGAAGACUUGAAAAAAAACGAUAAUGAAAUUAAUCAUUUAAAAAGUUGCAUAAAUGAUUUACAAGAUACCAUUCAAGAUAUACAGAAAGAGAAUGCAUGCUUGAAAGAACAAGCAUUAACAAGAUUAGCAUUGGAUCACGACAUAAGCAAUGGUGAUUUAAGCAACGGUGAUUUAAGCAACAGUGAUGAUUUUUUGAAAGAUUUGGAGAAUUUGUCCACUACGAGGAUAUCUUUAGAUGAUAGUGCUAAAUUAUCUUCAGAUCUCGUUUUAAAAACUCGAGAAUUAGAAAUAAAACACGAUGUGCAAAGUUUGAAGGCAGAUAUAGAAAACUUACACGAAACUAUUUAUCUAUUAACUACAGAGAAUAGCGAUUUAGCGAAUAAAUUGUCAACGGAAAAAGAAUGUGCCGAAAAAUCGACUACUCAUUUUCAACAAACGAUUGAUGAACUUUAUGCACGAAACUCAAAAAUGAUGGAUGAGAAGCUCGAGUUACAGAAUAAUUUGGUAAUUCUCAAUGAACAAAUGGAAACUUUACGCUCGAGGAUGCCUGAAGUGAAUUCAAAUGAAGAGCAGAUAAUGCUUAGAUACGAAGAACAGAUCAGCGCACUUACAGCGAAAAAUGCAGAAUUGUUAUCUGUUGUUACAAAUACAAUGAAAGAACUUGAAAUAUUAAAAGAGAGUAAAUCACUUUUGUACGAACAUGAUUGUAUAUACAAGGAUGAAUUAACUGAUCUUAUGGCAAAACAUAAAUAUUUGACAACUGAGAACAAUGAACUUUCAACUGAUCUAAUGGAUAAAAUCGAAGAGAAUGAUGGAUUAAAAGAAGAAUGUGAUAUUUUAAAAAGUAAAUUAGAAUUAUUACUAUUGAAACAACAUGAAAAAGAUAUUGGUAAGGAUAACGAAGAACAAUUGAAAAUGGAAAAUACUUUGUUAAAAACCGAACAAGUGGAGUUAAAAGCUAAUAUAAAAAUGUUAACCAAAGAAAAAUCAAAAAUAUCUAAUCAAUUAGUAGAGACUAUGGAAGAUUUAGAUAAUGAGCGAAAAAUGAAUUCUUGCAAUAAUACUUUGCAAUUAUCGACAUUGUUUAAUAACUCUUUAACAAUGAACGAUACAAUGGACAUAUCUAUAAAAGAUGACAAUGUCGAAGCAAAAAUCUCACAUUUGCAAGAGGAAGUUAAUCGUCUUAAACUUUUGAAUAGAAAGCUCAGCGAUCUAAAAUUAGGUGCUUGUACUCAGUGUGCCCAUCUGCAGGAAAUGACUGAAAAUCAAAGAAUGCUGAAACUCGAAGUGAAGGCUCUCACACAUAGACUAGAAGAUUCACAAAGAAAGUUUAAACGUGAGGCUGCAAAGAGUGAUUCACUUAUUUUAAAAGCUAAGGAGGACAUAAAUAUAAGUAUAUGUAAUUCAUCUCUUAAUGCUAGUUUUUUGGAAAAUAUGAACGUUAGUUAUGUUGAAGAAAAACUUCAAUCUCUAAAUAACAAAUUACAAAUUUUGGAAGAGGAUCAUAAUAAAUUAUCAGAUUUGUAUAAAGAAAAAUGUAAUGAAAUCGAAGAAUUACAAAAUAGCAAUGUUACGGAUUUGUCGCCGAAUAAAAUUCAUAAUAUAAAUACUAGUGUUAAGAAAUCUCCAAGCAAAUCUUCAUCGAGACUAGAAAAUAUGGCAAAAGAUAUAAGCUAUUUACAAAAUGACUUUGGAAAAAUAAAGGAAGAAAUAGCAAGGUUAAAAAAAGAUCUUAGCAAAUUUAUUAAUGAAAAAGACUCUCUACUGGAUGAAAUUAAAUCGUUGAAAAUUGCUAAUGAACACUUACUGCAAAAGAUGUCAGAAAAUGAAUUGUUGUAUUUAGAAAAAACCGACAUCCUUGAAAAUGAGGUAAGAGAUUUGACCAAAAAAUUCCAGGAGCUUUCUGUGAAAUGUAAAGAAGUAGAAGAUGCAAAACUCGUUGUUGAAACUGAUGUGGAAUUCCUGAAAGUAGAUAAAACGGAGAAAGAACAAACAAUAAACGAAUUACGUCAAAGUCUUUCCUAUUUAGAGCAAGAGUUAGAUUUAACAAAAAGAGAGAAAGAAAAACUUAACAGCAACAAUCUUUUGGAACAAGAGUAUGAGAAAAAACUGGGAUCGCUAAGAUCAAUGAAUGCAGAAUUAACUAAUUCUAAAGAAACUAUUUCACAAGAAUUUGCUAAUUAUUGUAAAAAAUCGGAAAAUAGAUUUACAGAAUUAAACGAAAAAAUAAACAAGUAUUCUUCUGAAAACGAUUAUUUAAAACAGGAGUUGAUUAAGUUGCGCGACAUAGAAAAUAAAUUCGAGACGAUGAGAAACGAGUAUCAAUCCAAAUCUCAGCAGGAUAAAACAUUAGCAGACGAUAACAAAAAACUUAAGAAUGUAUUAAAUAAUAUUUCUAAAAAUAUUAUUAAAGAGAUUAAUCUCAAACCAAAACUUGGUGCUGAAGAAUUUUUGGAUAAAUCAGAGGAGGAAUUGUUUCAGAUAUUUUUACAAACAAUCUUAAUGAAAGAGGAAGAGAUAGUAAAGACUAUGCGAGAUAACUUUAAUAAAGAGAAACAAAAACUUGAAGAUGAUAAGCGUCAGAGCGUGGACGCAGAAAAACGUACGACAUUGUGGGCGAAAGAAUUGGAAAGUGAGAUAGAAAAACUUCAAGGAGAUUUGACUCAACGAGAAGCUAUGUCUGAUGGAUUGCAAAAGGAAGUUGCGCGUUUGGAGCAGCUUUUAGAAGACAAUAAUAGCGACCGAAAUACGUUAAAAGAAAAGAUUAAUCUGCUCGAGAUGGAUCUCAAUAAUUUACAAAUUGAAUUUAAUAAGUAUUGUAAGAUGGACACGGUGAAUGAAGAAGCUAUUAAUAUUGCUCAAAAACGGGAGAAACAAGCGCAAGAAACGAUCAGGAAUAAAGAAGCCGAGUUUCAAAUAAAGUUAAGAUCGGAAAAAGAAAUAUAUACUAAACGAAUAGAAGAUCUCACAUGUACAAUAGAAUCGUUAAAAACGAAAAAUAUGGAAUUGAUAAGCAAUAUCGAAGGUCUCGAAGCUAAUCAAGAGCAAUUAAAGAAUAUUAUCGAUCUGAAAAACAACGAAUUAAUGAAAAAUAAUCAAAUUAUACAUAAAAUGGAGAUAGAAUCCGUACAAUUCACAGAAAUUUACAAUGAAUUGAAUUGUGAGUUGGAAAAGAAAAAUUUGCAUAUCACGGAAAUUACGGAACUUUUAAAAACUAAAUGCGACGAUCUUACAGAAUAUAAAGCUAAGUUGGAUGAGAUUGUGUCAGAGAAUACGUUUCUGAAACAACAAAUCGGCGAACGAAAAAUCAAUAUAGAGCAAUAUAAAAUGGAAAUUGAGACACUGAAGAUGCAAAACAAAAAAGAGAUAGAUACGAUUAAAGAUAAAUUAAGUUUCGAGGAAUUAAAAAGUAUUGAAUUAAACAAACAAAUAACCGAAUUAAAUAAAAAGAACGCUGUUUUAACGGAAGAAAUAAAUAUCUUGAGAGACGAUUAUGCGACAGUACAACAUAAGUGCAUUACAUUAGAGAAAAGAAUCAGAAAUAGUACAAGUAAGAUUCAAGCGGAGGAACAAAUGGAAGAAUUAAAGGAUUUGAAUAGAUCUUUGCGAAAUAAUUUGGAUGGUGCUAGUAAUCGGAUAGCAGAGUUACAAGAUGCUAAAGCUGAAUUGAUGAAGCAAUUAGUUAUCCUAAACAGUCAAUAUGAUGCUGCGUGUAAAGAUAAUCAAGAAUUAAAAGAGAUGUUGUCAUCCUAUAGGUCCAAAUAUAACGAUACAUAUGCAACUUGCGAAAAAUACGAUGCUUUACUACAGGAGAAAAACAAAAUAGCUUUAGAAUUAGAAGCGAUAAAAGUUGAAUUGGAUCAAAAGAACGGAGAAAUCAAGGAUUAUAUUAGCAAAAUGAAGGAAUUGACUGAAAAGAAUAAGGAACUUGAUCAAGAAUCGGACGAAUUGGCUCGAGUUAUUGGUCAGCACGAUACUGAAAAUGCGAAACUUGAAGACCAGCUUUGGUCAUGUCGCAUCGAAGGUGACGAGUUACGAGACAAGAUUAAAGCUCUCGAAAAUAAAAUUCAAGUUCUUCAACCGCAAUCCAUGAAUUUGAGAACAGAUGUAUCCUCCGAGGGAAUCAAAUCUCACUAUGAUGAUUGUAGUUGCACGGCGUUGAAAAAUAAGAUACGUGAACUGCAAAUGGAAGUUGUAUCAAAGAACGGAAAGAUCGCGACAUUGGAGCUGCAAAUACGGAGCGGAAGUUUCCCUUAUCAGGCCAAGUGUAAAGAAUUGCAGGAGCAUCUAUCGGCACAUAAAAAUAAGAAUAGCGAACUUAAAGCAGAAAUAAAACGACUUCAAAUUGCCAUGUUGCGUACAAGCGCAAAAGAAUGCGAGGUAUGCAAACACAGACUUCUGAAUAAAAGAGACCAAAUAUGUCAAACAAUGCCAAAUACAUUGCGAUUUUGCGGUACAAGCAGUGGUAUAAUUGAAGAUGAAAUAAGAAUAACAAAAUUAGAAAAAGAAAAACAAUUUAUGAAGGAUGUCUGUCGUUCUCGAUCGAAAACCAUAAAGGAACUUGAAAAACAAAUAACAGAGUAUGAAAAAUUGUUGCAAUCCAAAAAUUCAUGAUUAUGAGAACUUGUAUCAUCAUAUAUAUUUGACAAAAUUUCUUUUUUGAAAUAUUUUUUGGUUUAUUUAUAUUGUUUUAGUAAAACAAUAAUUGGAACUUAAAGUUUGUACUGUAAGAUAGAGUUUAUAAAAGUAUAUAAUGUGUAAAUGUAAAUAUUAUAUCUAAUAAUAGGGUAAUAAUGAUAUAUUUUUAUAAUAAAUAUAUGAAAUUGAUUAAUUACAUUUUAUACUUUAUAAGACAAUAUAACACUU